AUGGAUGUAAUAGGUACAUUUGGAAAGGUACUGCGGGGUUUUCACUGUCGUUUCUUAUCAGAACAGGAGCUUUCACCUUUUUUGAUUCUGGUGCGCAUCAGGGCCAUCAUGGAAGCAGCGGAAUCAUGUAAACGGAAGAAACAUGAAAAUGGUAUAAAGCAACAUUCGUGCAUUAUA